AUGAACAGAGAGAAUUGGACAUUGGUGACAGAGAUCAUCCUUACAGGCAUCCCAACUGCCAGAGCCCUUGGGGACUUCCUGUUCAUGAUCUUUCUGUUGGCUUACUUGGUGACAGUCCUUGGAAACACUCUCAUCAUCAUCCUGAUCAUUGUGGAUUACAGGCUUCACUCACCUAUGUAUUUCUUCCUCAGCAAUCUCUCCUUCAGUGAGAUAGUAACCACUACAUGUGCAGUUCCAAAGAUGCUGGCAAGUUUUCUGUCACAGAGGAAGAGUAUCUCACUUGGUGGAUGCUUCACCCAGUCCUAUUUCUUUUUCCUCUCUGGAUGCACUGAGUUUAUCCUUUUUGCUGUUAUGUCCUAUGAUCGCUAUGUGGCCAUCUGCAGCCCCCUUCAGUACCCUGUGAUCAUGACUAGCUCUCUCUGUGUCCAACUUGUCAUCCUUUCUUGGGUGGGAGGCUUUCUCCUUAUCCUCCCCUCCACUAUCCUUAAGGUAGGACUGCCUUACUGUGGCCCCAAUGUGAUUGAUCACUUCUUCUGUGACAGUGCACCCCUUCUCCACCUGGCCUGUGCUGAUGUCAGCUUCAUCGAGCUGCUAGACUUCCUCAGCUCCCUUGUCCUGCUCAUCAGUUCCCUCUCUCUCACAGUAGUCUCCUAUGUCUACAUCAUCUCCACCAUCCUGAAGAUACCCUCUGGCCAAGGUCAGCGCAAAGCCUUUGCCACAUGUGCCUCCCACUUCACUGUGGUCUCCAUGGGCUAUGGGAUCUCCAUCUUUGUCUAUGUUCGUCCUUCUCAGAAGAGCAGCCUGCACCUCAACAAGAUCCUCUUUAUCCUGUCUAGUGUCAUCACCCCUCUCUUGAAUCCCUUCAUCUUCAGUCUCCGGAAUGAAUCCAUGAAAGAGGCUUUGAAGGACACUUUAUUCAAGGGCCAGAUCUUUCUUAAAAGUAUAGGGUCCAAGUGA